GAAAAAAACGCUAGUCAUUUAUGCAAUUGUCAUUUAAUUAUCAACCACAGAAACUGAUGAGAAACGGAUUGGUAGCUAAAAUGGUGCACGAAGAAGAAGAAACAACGGGAAACACUAGAAAGAAAUCAGAGUCGUUCGAAUCUCUGUCUGUUUGCGGCGUCCUUCAUAUCCUUCAUUUUCUGCACAAAAGGGAAGCGACAAGAACGGGGAAGUAGGAAGACCUGGCACACCGCAACCAGCAGCAAGCGGGAAAACGCAUAGGGGGAAGAAUUCGACCGCACACACGCACGGUGUCCUCGAUCCUUCCUCUGCUCCGGGAUAAAGUGGGAGGAGUUUUGGUUUGGCUCUGUGUACCCCUCACCAUUGCUGGCAGGUUUUGGGCCCGAUUUGUGGGCAAAGGGAAAGAGGGCGUAAAUAUUUGGACAGGGAUUCAAUUUCACCAAAACAAUCUCCACGAAAAGGCGGCAAUCUCGGCCAUGAAAAGAGAAGGCAGAAAAUAAAAAGGAUGUGAUCGGCCGCUACCGGCGUUCAGUGUGUGAUCGGUGCGGAAAGGAACCGGACCUCCGUGGCGAGUGUAUGUGUCUGUGUGUGUGUUGUUGGCAGCAGGACUACCACCAACUGCGUCAGUGUAAUUAUAAUGGCGGCUUCGAGUUGCAAGAGUGUGGCGCCCUUGCGGCAGAGUGACUUCAGCAUUGAACAUAUCCUUACGCGUGCUGGCGAACGGUACAGCAAGCGGCGCAAACUAUCGAACGAAGUAGGCGGCUGUCGGAAUUGUUGCUCCACUAACAGCAGUAGCAGCAGCAGCAGCAGCAACAGCAGCCCAAGAAGUGUCCAUAGUGAAGAGGGCGAAGGUGAUGAUAAUGAUAAUGGUGGACGGUUGCGUGACGAACCCGGUACGGAGGCAGACGAGGAACUGGACGAAGAGAUCGACGUGGGACAAUCCGUGAUGCAGCAUCCUGGGCAGGAGGCUAGAUUUUUACCGACGGCACCCAGUUGCGGUAUGCCCACGUUCGAUUGGCUCUACUACACACGGUAUCAUCCACCGAAGCUACCACGUCCUCAGAAAACGGGUCCAGUCAAGCGAACGCCCGGACGUUUGCCGCGUGUACCGUUUACGCCUGCACAGCUGAGCGCCCUGGAGGACGCGUACAAAGUGUCCACCUACCUGAGCUCCGAGGAAGCGAACCAGCUCGCCUACAGUCUCGAGCUGACCAACACGCGGGUGAAAAUUUGGUUCCAAAAUCGGCGCGCCCGAGAUCGGCGCGAAAAGCGGGAAGCAUCCUUGUUGACCGGUGGGGCGGCGGCCACGUUCACCUCCGAAUCGCACCCAACGCACUGUACGUUGCUGCCACCACUGUACGCCACUGUAGGAAGUACGGCUAGCGGCUCCCGUACCGGCAGCCAUCCUUCGUCGCCGUCCAGCGUGGAAGCGUCUGCCGGCGGUCGGCAGAGCCGAAGUCCCACCACGGACCGAAGCUAUUAGAGCAGCAGAGAGAGCUUUGAAAAGCUGUUUUACAGGCUACCAUGGGAGGGUUUAGCACGUUUUUUUGUGAUACCUGCGAUCUACGAGACCUGUGUGCGAUCGAACGAGUGAUCGAAGCGCGAGGGGACACUUUUGUACAGUGAUUAUGUGAAUAAGAUUUUUGACUAAGAACAUGCACAUUAAUGGAUAAUAUAAGUGAGAAGAAGUAUGGUGAGAGAGUGCUGAGAUCGUGUUUACCAUGCAGCAAGAUUUUUGGAAUAAAAAAGAGAUUAUU